GUCAAAAGUGCUCGCUCGUCCGCCGCCCCAUGCGCCGCUCUGCGUUGCGACAAACUUCGCCGUCGCCUCCCCCGCCGCCUAAACAUUUAAAGACAAUUCGCAACGCUUGCCUCUUCAAGGGGACAAGGGCGAGAAAUACAGACAUCGACUCGAGUUCGCUCACGUCUGACCGCGAAGACGCCCCCAGACGACAACGCACGUGGCCUCCGCUCCAACCGCGCUGAUCAAGGAGGCGCGGCAGGGGUUGGGUGGUUAAGGACAACGAACGAUGGACAACGACCACGACGGGAGGCUUGGAGCCGGCCUGGCGGAUCAGCCGUGGACCUCGGUGGUGCUGGAGGACAGGCCGUGCCUGAUGAAGGCCUCGUUCUCGUCGCGCGGAUACAGCCUGCUGCUGUCCGACAUGGCGCACUUCUGGAGCGAAGAGAUGAACGCGGAGGGCGUUGGGAAGCGACUCGGGGAGCUUAACCGGCGGCUCGGAGCGCCGGUGGAGCGUGUGUGCGAGCACCUGCGCGAGGCCGUGGGCUCGCUGCCGAGGCCCGGCGCCGCCGCCGAUCGCCACGAUGGCGCUGCCGGCGCCGCCGCAGCCGCCUUCUCGUGGACGCGACGCGAGCCCGCCGAGCCGGAAGAGAAGGCGGGAGGUACGGUGGCGGUGGUCGCGCUGCAGAGCCGGAUGAGCGGCGUGCCGCUUCGCUGGGAGUUCCGACUGAGUCCUGCGGAGCACCCGACGGUCUGGGACGAACUGGUGGCGCCGGCGCUGGGCAUGCUGCGCGUGCUGAGCCGCGAGAGCGCCGAGCUGCGCGCUUGCAUCCGGCGCAAGGACGCCGAGAUCGCAGACUACCGUGACAGCGGAGCCAGGGUCAGCCGCAAGCACCUGGAAACGAAACCCUUCGACGACGGCGCUUUCACGACGGAGUUUUACUCGAAGAACCUGAUGUCAUGCGUCGACCUGAGCGCUGAGGUCGUGUUCGACGGUGGCCUCCAGCGGCUGUACGGCGAGGUGGCGUCUACACGUCGCGCGGCCCGCAAGAGGAAACCCUCCAGCACCCCCGAGGAGGAGUCCGCCACGGGGGGCCACGGAGCGGACGGCGUCACCGUGGAGGAGCCGGGGGACGCGGCCGAGAGGCGGGCAGCAGCGGCCCCGCUGCAGGCCGCCACCGCGGCGCCGCACACCUCCCAGAAGGAGCGAUGCCGCGCGCCGCGCAAGGCCACGCCGAAAAAGAAAGCCAAGGGACUCUUGAGAUGAGUUUGCCAAUUAACGACGAUGGGGUGUUUUUUCUUAACGGCACGUGAAGCACGUGGAGGGAUGGGGGCGGGGGGGGUGGUGGUGGAACAUGAAGUUUUAAUCGCUUGCUACUUUUAUCUUCUUAAAUUACCCGGGGGGGGGUAUUUAUAUACGGAUGUAUUUAUUUUUUAAUAUCCGCCGGUGAAUCUGUACGAAUUUUAUCCGCGGCCGGAUUUUUCCGCGGGAUUCGCCGACGCUGCCCCCACUGCCCCUGCCGUGCGUCGAGAAGCGAUCGCGCGAGCGUACCCACAACGCAGAUCGUUUCUUUUUCGUUUAAGCGCACGCACGAUUUGAAUCAAGGUUCACAUUUUAAUAAAGGCUCACAUUUUAACAGCG